GCCGCCGCCUGGUGCCCCCGCCGCUCGUCGCCACCCGCCGCUCGUCGCCACCCGCCGCUCAGGAGCGCGAUGGUUUCUCCGGGAAGCGCCGGAGCCGCCGCUGCUUCCUCCCUUCCGCGUCUGUUUCGCAGCGGGUCCCGCCGCGGCUGCUGGGUGUCCAAAAAUCAACAUGUCCAGCAAAAAGGCAAAGACGAAGACCACCAAGAAGCGCCCUCAGCGUGCCACUUCCAAUGUAUUUGCAAUGUUUGAUCAGUCGCAGAUUCAGGAGUUCAAGGAGGCCUUCAACAUGAUCGACCAGAACAGGGACGGCUUCAUUGACAAGGAGGACUUGCACGAUAUGCUCGCCUCCCUUGGAAAGAAUCCAACGGAUGAAUACUUAGAUGCCAUGAUGAAUGAGGCUCCAGGCCCCAUAAACUUCACGAUGUUCCUUACAAUGUUUGGUGAGAAGUUAAAUGGCACCGAUCCGGAAGAUGUAAUCAGGAAUGCGUUUGCUUGCUUUGAUGAAGAAGCAACAGGGUUCAUCCAGGAAGACUACCUGCGGGAGCUGCUGACGACGAUGGGAGACAGGUUCACAGAUGAAGAGGUGGAUGAGCUGUACAGAGAGGCCCCCAUCGAUAAAAAGGGGAAUUUCAACUACAUUGAAUUCACGCGCAUCCUGAAACAUGGAGCAAAAGACAAGGAUGACUGAGCAAAUCACCUGAUACCUGCAGAUAGCUUCCCGCCUCCCACCACCGUUAAUUUCAUUUCUCAGGAUCUGUUUUUUUCUUUUUUUUUCUUGUUGGGACCUUUUGCAUAUAUUUCUGACAUUCCAGCUUUUUCCUCUGUGGUCUCUGGGGCUACUCAGGCACACCUGCACCUUUGUAAUAAGACUGGAAACAGACAGGGAGAGAGGAGCAGGGAGAGCUUACAGUGACAGAGGUUUAGGGACAAAGAUCAAUGAGUGUGGAGGCCCAGGUAAAAAUGUCAGUGCUACUUAUCCUAGCUAGAUUAAUUUUACAUUUUUAAUGGUAACUUUUCAAAUAAAACGCUCCUAUAUUAGGUACAUCAUUAUAAUUUUCAUGCUAGAAGUGGACUGUGUAUCUAGUCAUAUCUGUGAAUAUUUUUGCAACUGUAUGCAGUUGUGUUGUUAUCCAUUUUUGCCUUAAAAAUGAAGUGUAAGUCACUUAAGUGUACCGAUGUUUGUACUUCAGCGAUUGAGUACUUCACUUACUACUGUGAGCGUAUACAAUGAAGAAAUUCCCAUCCUUCAGAUUUUUAGUACAUUGUAAAUUAAUGAUUCCUGUCCAGGACUUGCACAUUAAACAUUUUAAAUCAUAUGGAUUAAUUGAGGGGGUGUUUUACCACAGUAGCGCCCCCAUUUCGUGAUACUGAGUACAAUAUUAACACUGCUUUUUAAAAACUUAUGGUGUUUUCUUAAAAAAAAAAAAAAUACCACGUGUGAGUAGAAUGCUUAAGUGAUGCCUCUUACCAGAUCUGCAGGACUGGCAAUACAGAACUGAUUCCAUUUCAUUGCAACUUUUCUUCUUUCUUUUCCCAUGUUUUUUCGAAGUGCAGUGGGGCUGGAUGAAGAAGGAAGGUGUGCUCUCUCUCUGUUUUCUAUCCAAAAAUGUUAUUCUUGCUUUCCAGAUGAAACCAUAUACAAUAUAUUUUUAAGAGCUUC